AUGGCCCAGGGCGGAGCAGCGGCCGCCAGCCCCGGCUGGAGCUGGGCCGGGGCCGGGGCCGGGGCCGGGGCCGACGACUGGGCGCUGACCCUGCUGGCGCUGGCUGUGGUGGCCGCCACGGCGCUGGCCUUGCAUUGGUUUGGCUCCAGACAGGACCCGGAGGCAGCGGGGCCGGCGUCUGCGGUGCCCGGCACCGGGCUUUCUCGGGCGGGAGGAACCGGGCCCGCCCUGCUCCCCGGGGCCGAGGUCAGUGGUGGUGGCCAGGGGCGAGGCUCAGGGCAGGGGGGCACAGGGGAUGCGGGACACGCGCAGGCUGCCGCAGGGGCCUGCGCUCAGGCGUCCCCGGGAGGCCUCGCUGCCCCCGCUGCCCCUCCACUGGAGACCCCCCGUGAGGUGGCCUGCGGGGGGCCCUUGGGACAGCAGCGUGGCCACACCCCCGAGGCCCCCCCAAGUAAAGGAAGGGAGCCUCUGAGGGCAGGCAGCAGCAAAGUCGGGGGGACGUCUGCGGCCCUCCUCAUACACUUCACCCCGCAGAGUCCCGGCAGAGAAGAGGAGGUUCGAGCGAAGGCGGGAGGCCUCCGAGCCCAGGUCCCGGUGCCCCGGGGCCUCACAGGGCAAGACUCCAGCCCCUGGAAACAAGGCUCGAGGCCACCCAGCUCCCUGGGGAGAGGCCCCGGCGGCCCCCCCCAGGCGAACCACGGCUCAGGGCACAGUGUCUACCGCCCCCCAAAACUGGACCACCUGCGCUUGGGCACCGUGGUGAGCGUGUGGGACACGGUGGAUGCUGCCAGUGGCCUCUGGGCCACCCCCGUGAGGCCCAGCGCGCAGGCCGGGGCCCUUGGGGAUGGCUCAGAGGGGGGGCUCAGGAAGGGCAGCUCCCCAACAGCCUCAGUCCUAGCACUGGGCUCAGCGGUAGAUGGAGGCAAAAGUGGGGAGACUGGGCCCCCAGCCUUCAGGGAGUCUCGGGGCUCCCCAGGGUCCGUGGAAGGCUGGCCGUGGGCCAGGAGGGAGGUCCUCGUCACCGGGAGCUUCAGCCAAGCCUCAGACGCCACACGCUCUUGGCCAGAGGCGCGGCAGUGGGGACAUUCCCCCCUGUCCCAGGGGUGGGGGGCCACGGAGGGUGGGGCUGCUGUCAGCAUGGGGCGCGGCACGGCAGAGGAGCCAGGCGGCCACCGCACCCCAGAAGAGAGAGGAUCCGGGCAAGGCCAGGGGGAUCCCGGCAGCAGCCGGCAGCCUGCGGAGUACCCCCAGCCGCUGGGCUCCCCGCCCACAGCCCCUCGACCAUCAGGUGCCUUCCCCGCAGCCCCCACACUCCCGGCCUCCUCUUCAGACUUGCCGCCUUCUUGGGUUCCUCCUGAGUGCGGAAACCUCGGGCCCUGCGAGCCCACAGCACCCUCCCGCGCCUCCAAGAGGGACUCACAGCCGGUCCCCCGGCCACGGAAACGCAGCCCGGGCGAGGCCGUGGAGAGCGCUCAGGGGGUCCACCCGGCGGCCCCGGAGCGCAGCCCCCGAGAGCGGAGCCCCGGGGAGCGGAGCCCCGGAGCGGCGCGGGGGGCGCGGCGCGGGGCGCGGCCCACCGAGGCGCAGCUGGAGGCCCGCAGACUCCUGGCGUUCCUGCAGAGGCCGGGCAGCUGGGGCGCGCCGGAGGGCGCGGGGAGGCCCAGCGCGCGGGCCCCGGAGCCGGCGGCGUUGGCGGCUUGGCGGCAGCGGCUGGACCUGGGCAGCUGCCCCGACGCGCUGGCCUUCGCGCGGCGGCACGGGGAGCCGGGGCUGGCGCGCGCCGCGUACGCGCUGCUGAGCGACCACCUGCUGCGCGCGCUGGGCCAGCCCGGCCUCUACCGGCGCCUGAGCGCGGCCGAGCGCCAGCGCGUGCUGAGCCUGCGCACCGGCCGCGGCCCCGCGGUGCUGGGCGUCCUCGCGCUGCCCGGCCUCUACCAGGCCGGCCGCCCGGGGCCCGCCCGGGGCCCGCCGGCGGCCCCGCCCGCGCCCCGCGCGCCCCGCCCGCACCUGCACGUGCUCGACCCGCGCGAGAACGCGUGGCGGCCCCUGGCGCCGGUGCCGGACGAGGCGCCGCUGCGGGGCUGCGGCCUCUGCACCAUGCACAACUACCUGUUCCUGGCGGGCGGCGUGCGCGGCUCCGGCGCCCGGGCCGUCUGCUCCAACCGCGUCUUCUGCUACAACCCGCUGACCAACGCCUGGGGCCAGGUGCGGCCCAUGCGGCAGGCCCGCGCGCAGCUCAAGCUGGUGGCCCUGGACGGGCAGCUGUACGCCAUCGGCGGCGAGUGCCUGUACAGCGUGGAGCGCUACGACCCGCGCGCCGACGCCUGGGCCGCGCGCGCGCCGCUCCCGGCCGGCACCUUCCCCGUGGCGCACGAGGCGGUGGCCUGCCGCGGGGACAUCUACGUGACCGGGGGCCACCUCUUCUGCCGCCUGCUCCGGUACCGCCCCGAGCAGGACGCCUGGGACGAGCGCCCCUACAGCGCCGGCCACCGGCGCUCCAGCGACAUGGUGGCGCUCGGGGCCUUCCUGUACCGCUUCGACCUGCUGCGCGGCGUGGGCGCCGCCGUGACGCGCUACAACACGGUGACCGGCUCCUGGAGCCGCGCGGCCUCCCUGCCCCUGCCGCGGCCCCUGCCGCUGCGCUGCGCCGUGCUGGGCGACACCAUUUACUGCCUCAACCAGCAGGUCACCGCCACCCUCGUGGUCUGCGAGGGGACCGCCCGGUUCCAGGCCAAGGGGCUGCAGCCCUUCCCCCUGGGCAGCAAGGACGUCCUCUGCCCCUUCACCCUGACUCUGCCCGCGGCCGACCCGCAGCAGAUCGCCCUGGGAGCCGGCGGGCGGGGCUGA